AUGGCUCCCAGUCCUCGCAAGCGUGCAGCAGACAUUGACCACGAUUAUACACCUACUGCGAAACAAGCUAGACUCGCUCGCUCGAACAGUAGACCUUCUUCUUCUUCUUCUUCUACCCAUGCCGAACGGACGCUUCCACCAAAAUUUCCCUCAUCGCAGCUCUUAAGCGAGGACCAGACGGAGAUGCGAUGGAACAUGGCCGCGCACCAACAGUUUGCAAGCCGGCGGUCCUUCAUCGACCCCAUCCGGAUAGCAAACUAUGUCAGGACUUUCAUUGGGUGCCUUAUCCACUCGGUCUCAUGCCUUGCUGAACGAUUGUCCUGGGAUGACAAGCUCGUGGCGAUGCCCGACAAAGAUCGGAAUGAAGAGUUGAACUGGGCUGUGAAUUACGAACUAGGUAUCCUGGACCCAUUUGUCGAAGAUGCAGAAAACAUUCCCGGUGGAAAGAAUAGUCGAUAUAACAGGUUCUACCCAUAUCGGAACGAGUAUGAGAUGAAGCUGGCCUUCAAGCUAAUCUUCAUGAGCGAGGAGCUCAGUGCAACGUCUUGGGCUUUAUGGAUAAGCGCGCAGAUGCAUCUUCAAACCAUGCUCGAAGGCGGCGAACAAAUGGAUGCAUCCCCAAGCGCGGUCUUACCACCUCCUACGCGUAUGAAGGAUGAGAGGUUACCGACCGUUACGCCUGCACAACAAGGAACCCGAGAGCCAAUCGAGACGAUUGAUCUAACGGGGUCACCUGAGCCCGUGCCAAAGCCAACAACUGGCAGGUCGUACGGACUGUCUACCCCACCAUCGUCCCUGUCAAAAUCCCCUCACAGCAUAGCGGUUGCUGGUGGAUCCCACCGUAAAGAUGGGGUAUACAAAACUGUAGCAGCAUCUAUAGCAAAUUUCGAGGAAGCUGGAGGACCAUCCACAGAACCCUCGCCACUCAGACAGAUCGAAAGCUACAAGACGCUGCAAGAUUUCUAUUCUCUUUUGGACAAGAUCGAGCGAACUUCCUAUGUUGGGGCGUUGUUUCUUGAAGCCUACGCGGAGAAGCUCAGGGACGACAUGUGCAAAGACUGCUGGUUUAAGCACAACGUCAACGUCGACCUUUUUUAG